GGCGGCGGUGGCGGCUGGGCGGGCGCGCCUUUCUCACGUGCCGGGGCGGGUCCCGGCCGGCGCCGGCGGAUAAAAGGCGAGGGCGCGGGGCCCGGGCCGAGCGCGUGGCGCGUCCUCCGGCGGGGUCAUGUCGGGCGGCUCAGCCAAGAAGCGCGGCUCGGCGGCGGCGGCCGAGGAGGAGGCGGAGGCGGCGCGGGGGAUGCUGGCGGGCCCGCGGGGCAACGGCUGCGCGGCGGCGGGCGACGGCGGCGGGGUGGCGUUGAAGCGCAACAUCACCCUGCUGAACGGCGUGGCCAUCAUCGUGGGCACCAUCAUCGGCUCGGGCAUCUUCGUGACGCCCACCGGGGUGCUGAGGGAGGCCGGCUCGCCCGGGCUGGCGCUGGUGAUCUGGGCGGCCUGCGGCGCCUUCUCCAUCGCGGGCGCGCUCUGCUACGCCGAGCUGGGCACCACCAUCUCCAAGUCGGGCGGCGACUACGCCUACAUGCUGGAGGUCUACGGCUCGCUGCCCGCCUUCCUGAAGCUCUGGAUCGAGCUGCUCAUCAUCCGGCCCUCCUCGCAGUACAUCGUGGCCUUCGUCUUCGCCACCUACCUGCUCAAGCCGCUCUUCCCCACCUGCCCGGUCCCGCUGGGCGCCGCCAAGCUGGUCGCCUGCCUCUGCGUGCUCCUGCUGACAGCGGUCAACUGCUACAGCGUGAAGGCUGCUACUCGUGUGCAAGACGCCUUUGCAGCCGCCAAGCUCCUGGCCCUCGCCUUGAUCAUCAUCCUUGGCUUCGUGCAGCUUGGGAAGGGUGAUGUCCACAACCUCAGCCCUGAAUAUUCCUUUGAUGGCACCAACACAAAGGUCGGCAACAUUGUUCUGGCCUUGUACAGCGGCCUCUUUGCCUAUGGAGGAUGGAAUUACUUGAAUUUUGUCACAGAAGAGAUGAUUAACCCUUAUAGAAACCUCCCCCUGGCCAUCAUCAUUUCGUUGCCCAUCGUCACCUUGGUCUACGUGCUGACCAACCUGGCUUACUUCACCACCUUGACCGUCAACGAGAUGCUGGUGUCAGAAGCCGUUGCCGUGGAUUUUGGAAAUUACCACCUGGGUGUCAUGUCUUGGAUUAUCCCCGUGUUUGUGGGCUUGUCCUGCUUUGGCUCCGUCAAUGGUUCCCUUUUCACUUCGUCCCGGCUUUUCUUCGUAGGUGCUCGGGAAGGCCACUUGCCUUCUGUCCUGUCCAUGAUCCACCCCCAGCUACUCACCCCCAUGCCCUCCCUUGUCUUCACGUGCGUCAUGACUUUGCUCUACGCCUUCUCCAACGACAUCUUCUCCGUGAUCAACUUCUUCAGCUUCUUCAACUGGCUCUGUGUGGCCCUGGCCAUCAUCGGCAUGAUGUGGCUCCGUUACAAGAAACCGGAGCUGGAGAGGCCCAUCAAGGUUAAUAUCUUGUUGCCCAUUUUCUUCAUCCUUGCGUGCAACUUCCUCAUUGUCGUCUCCUUCUGGAUGACCCCGAAAGAGUGUGCCAUCGGCUUCGCCAUCAUCUUCAGCGGAGUCCCAGUUUACCUGAUCGGGGUCUGGUGGAAAAACAAACCUAAGUGGCUUCUGCAAAGCAUCUAUUCCACCACAGUCCUGUUCCAGAAGCUGAUGGAAGUGGUUCCUCAACAGUCUUAAGAAGGAGGCAAAACCAUUGAUCUUUAGUUUAAGCCAACGCACAACAUUGUUUUUGAAACCUACGUAUGUCUGAUUCCUCCCUGGAAAAACGGAAACUGCAGAGACAGCCCAGAGACCUCUUGGGACCUCUGCCCACCUCUGGCCCUGCUGAGGCCUUCUCCAACUCAGAUCAUGGCAAUUGAGAAGGUGCUGGAGGAAAAGAUGAUCCCAGGUGCAAAUUUUAAAAUUGGGAAGAGGAGGUCGCUUAGAAGAGAAGAGAGGCCUCCACCCAAAUCGAGAAAAAUGGGGAAGCCCACAAGGACGUUUUGUUUACAUGCUCAACUAGGGACUUUAUUUAGUUUCUCCACCAGCUGUCCCAACGUUGGCAGAAAAAGAGGAAAAAAAUGCAGGCAGUGGAUGAGGUCCAGCAACGUAGAGUGUUCCUCAAAAGUCGCCCGCCGACACCGAACACUCCUUGCCAAUAAAGGGGGCUGAAGAAGACAGCAGACUUAACGGCUGAGCGGCCCCCACCUCAGCUCUUCUCAUUCUCAGUGGACUCAGUGGCAUGAGUAUUUUUUUAAAAUUGUUUAAUUUUUUUUAGUGACAUCGUUUUUUUAAGCUUCCUUCUCCUUAGGACUCCCACGUGACCAUCUUGCGCCGAUUUCUCGUAAGGGGUUUUGUAUAGCUUUAAUUGGCAUCCUGACGAAUUCCCCCGUUUGAGUCAGGUUGAAAUUUCUAGACACUCCUCAAAGCAUGAUGGAUUCAUGCAACAGUCUCUAGAGCAAAACUUCUCAAUUUGGGCCACUUCAAGCCGUAUGAACUUCCUGACGGGGGAAUUCGCAAUUGAAGUCCAUACGGCUUAAAGUGCCCCACGUUGAGAAAAACUGCUCUAAAGCAACUGAAUUUGCCAGUUGGGGGAACACCUUGACGUUGGAAAGUUUCCUUACUUGCCAGCCUCAUUUGAACUCUCGUUUUCUACCAGCAUUCAGUGGUUCUACAAAACAUGUUCCAUUUUGGUUUUCUUGCUGUGCAGAAUGCCGUUCAUUACAGCCAAUGUACAUGUAUUCUUAAGAAGGGGACUGGAAGUUACUAUCCUGUGCAGUGGAUGACAUGGGAAGCUUAAGACGGGAGGCUACCAAGUGGGAACAAGCAGAACAUCAGGGUUCUGUGUGUGUCUGCGUGUCGGUUUGUUUAUGCACGUGUGUCUAGUUCUGUGGCACUUUUCUUGAUGUGUAGCUAUGCUCUAAAACAUGCAGCUAGACUUUGGCCUAGCAAGCAAGAGGGUGGGCUUCUGAGUUUUAGGGCAAAGAAUUGAAACCAGCACUCGUGCGAUUGGUUGUCUAUUAUGGCUCUCUCAUGGGACCACAUUGCUUAGAAUUGGGUGGGAUGCUUUGAUUCAUGGGAUCUGUUUUUCCUUCUCUUACAUUCUUGGGGAAUGUCUGGCCUGGAAAAUUUGGUUGCUCUGGAGCAAGGCAACCAAACUUGGCAACUUUAAAACCUGUGGAAUUCAACUCUCGGAAUGUCUGGCCUCCCAGAUGUGUGGACUUCAAUUCCCAGAAUUCCCCAGCCAGCUACUGAAGUUGAUGAGUUGAAGCCCACACAUCUGGGAGGCCAGACAUUCUGGCAGCUGAAGUCCACAAGUCUUAAAAGUAGCCAAGUUUGGACACCCCUGAUUUAGGCUUGAGCCGUGAAAGCUUUCAGCCAGCAUGAGAGCAGGAACCCAGAUGGACAGCACCUCCAUGGAAUAAAACAUAUACAUCCAAACUUUCUAUUGUAAGACAGGAUGCAAGAAGUGGUUUUCCUUUGUUCUGCUUGCAAGAUGCUAACCUUUGCAAGGUUUAUGUGCAUUGUUUUCUUCAUGGAGUUGUGUACUUUGUGGUUAUCUAAACAUGGAAACAGGCAAAAUAAUUUGGCUGAAGUCGAGUGGGGAGAAUAGUCGAGGGUAGCCCAUCUGUCAGUUGUGAUGCCAACAAAUGCGGAAUCUAAAAACCCAGACGCCACAGUGUUGAACAUCAGGGUGGGGGCAUUUUUAACUCUGUCUGCCAGGGUUUCUAGAGUCCUCUGUGCAGCUGUUCCAAAUACACUUCCCCUCUGUUGUCUGUUGCAAAUCGAUUUUUCUGCCUUUAUUUCUUAAUAGUAAGGAAAUGGGCUGCCACUGUAUUUACAAUUUCCAAAUAGCAUGGCAGUUCAGAAAUGCUGAAGUCAUUGUGGUGGUCCUAUUUAGGGACAAUUCCACCAUUCUACAGCACAUCUGGUGUUAAGUGCUGUUUUGUCCUGGGGACAGUAUGGCCCCCAGAUCUCCUGUCCUCCACAUGUGUUGCAUUACAACACCCAUGGUCCCCUGCCCACCCAAUUCACACUUUUUACAAUGAGCCAAGUAGCUGUUUCCCAUCCAAAUUGUGCACCUGCUGUGGGCACACACACACACACACACACACACACGGCUUUGAACAUUAUUCCACCCACCAAUUUAGUAUGCUAGGCGUUUUUUUCAGAAGGAAAAAAAAUGUCCAGAGGGGCAGAAAUGGGGAGUAGAGCCCCACAGGUGAGAACUGCAAAGAACGGUUGCAGUUCAGAGCUUUCCAACUCACCUGCCCUUCUGCCUCCCCCCAGCUCAUUUCCAUUGCUUUCCACUCAAGAAUAUUUGGCAUUCUCUAGGUAUUUACACUGAAAGUUUUGUGGAGCCUUGCAGAAUUGCUUUUGUCUUUCCCUCACCCCGUUCCUUUUGUUCUUAGCUGUGCCUUAUUGUUUUUGGACUUCUGCAAAGUUUUGGCUUCAGUUGCGCUCACCGUUAGGUCAAACCGAAACCAGCCGGCCAAACUGAGAACGGCUUUGCUUCGUUGUGCAUUGCCCAGGUGUCCUUCAUCACGCUUUUCCUUUGAGCCGCGUGGUCCAGUUCUGCACCCCUUUUAUCCACUUUGUGCGUCUGCCUGGUUGACUUUCUAGUUGCUUGAUGUGAAGCGGCUAAGGGUGUAAUUCAACGGGAGCCCAGCUAAGUUCAUUAGCGUUGGGCCCAAAAUCCAUCACUGGUUGGGCUCCAGUGACCGAGGAGAAAGCUCCCAGCUGGUUCCUGAACAAAGGUGAUGUUUCUUCAACUAGAGCAGAGGCGUCCAAGCUUGGCAACUAUAACACCUGUGGGUAUUGGCUGGCUGGAGAAUUCUGGGAGUUGAAGUCCACAAGUCUUAAAAAGUUGCCAAGCUUGGACACCCCUAAACUAGAGUGGAACGGCCAUCUAGGUAACCUGGCAUAGUCCUUCGGGACCUCUUAAGAAUUGUCUUCUUGAUGGACCCAGAAAGACUACAAGCCUGGUAGCCCUUUUCAAGCUCAAAGACUUACGUGCUCGUGCAGAUGGCUGGUCAUGCUCCAAAUAAUUCUGCGGAGCAGGAAGCAAGCAGUGGUGCUUUUUGGAAGAAUGCAAAAAUCCAGGAUUUGUGGCAUUCCAGACCCAGGUUUUCUAAGCCAUUUGCUUGAAACGUUCGUGCAGGUGUCCCUCUUCUUAGGUUGCGCCUCUGUCCUUAAUCAGUUUUCUUUUUAAUCCCCUGGAAGCAGAUUAAUUGCACAACGUUUGUACAGGCAACAGGGUUGUUAUCUUUAUAACUACUGAGUGAAAUCUGACUCCUUAGAAAUCUAUAUUUUCUUUUAAUAUAGUUUUUUUUUAUAAAAUAAAAAGAAAUAACAAAGUCUUUAAGCUAAGGAAAAGAACAUAAUUUUAAAAAACUUUUUGUUACAUUUGGAAAAUAAAUAUUUUUACUAAUUUAAUUAUUGUGCUAUAUUUUAAAUGAGUAUCAGUAUAGAAAGUGCAGCUCUGUUAUCUAAUAAUAUUUGCAUUUGUCCAUACGGAGUUGAUCCAAGAUUUGUGUUGCUUUUUUAUGAGUUCUGUAGUAAAAAGAGUCAAUUCUGCCUUGUUAAAAGAUGUGUGAUAUAGUCCAGUCUGUCUUUUUUACUGUGUCCCCCCCCUUCUUUUCCGGAUUUGUUAUUGUUCAUUAUAAACCAUGGCUAUUCCAUUUUAAA